UAUACAUACGCUGAAUAUGAUGUUCAUGUAUUGUUCUAUUAAUUUUGCCACUCGGUAAAAGUACUUAGAUAUGCUAGGUACUUCAGGCGAACUGUACAAACACAACCUCAGAGCCACAUUGCCCAAGCAACAGAGCACAUUUGAUUGCCUAGGCUCUUUCUUUCAUUACAGCAGAAAUCCAACCCUUUCCCGGCCAUACAACUUUACUUUGAAGACAGUGGAUUUUCUAGUCGCCGUUCUUUGGAACUCGACACUACACCAACCAUGACACAGGCGUCUGAAACUAACCAUGGCCUCUUGGCCAACCUGAUAGCCCGGGUCAUUCUGGCCUUCGUGGGAAUGUUGCUCUGCUGGGUACCUGUCCGCUUACUCGUGCGUAACGGCGAGUUCGCAGCGGUAGUGCUGAUCAUCGAUGUGACGAUAAUGAACACAUUCACCAUACUCAACGCGCUGAUCUGGCACGAUGACAAUUGGACCACAUGGUGGGAUGGCACAGGCCUAUGCGACGUCGAAGUGUACCUAUCAGGACCACUUCAGACAAUCUACGCUGCUUCAAUCUUCACCGUCAUGUAUCACCUUGCUCAACAAGUCAAGGUCACUGGAGCUAGACGGGAUCGAAGUCUGAGGACUCGGCGUAAUCUCAUUCAAGCCGCUAUCAUCUUCCCCAUUCCGGCUAUCCAGCUUGCAUUCACUUAUUUCGACUUGGCGCAGCGGUAUAUCAUCGGGACCCUCAUAGGCUGCUCUGCUGUCUACGAUACUAGCUGGCCGAAGACUUUGGUCUAUGACGUUCCCCCAGCAGUAUUUGCAGUCCUGUCUGUUCCCUAUGCCAUACUCCUCUGGAAACGAUAUCAUGUAAUCACAAAGCAGACAAAGGGGAUCCUCAAGUCCAACAGCCAGGCCUCGAUACGCGCCAGUCGCACGCGUCUACGACUCUAUAACAUGUCACUGUCGAUACUCGUGAUCUAUCUUCCGGUGAUGAUUUAUUUUCUAGUCUGUAAUGUUCAAGACACGCUCUCGUCCGACCACAGCUAUGACUUCAACAGAAUGCGCUGGUCAGCCACGCCAUAUCCCUGGGACACAAUCCUCUUCGUUCCGUCGUGGAUAAUUCCAUCAUUUGUCAUGAACCAACCUUGGAUUCCCAUCGCGACGGCUGCUGCUAUAGUAGCGUUCUUCGGCAUGACCAUAGAGGCUCGAAAGGUUUACCGUCAAUAUGCAGAAUAUGCCGGGCUGGGACUAUGCGUUCGAAGAUUCAGGCCACGAAGUGGUCAAGGUCAUAACUCAGUUGACGAAAGUGGAGGAUCGAGAGAGAGUAGAAAGACGCUUCUGCCGAAUUGUGUGCAGGACUGCACUGGAGAUCAACGUGGACAGAGCUCGAUCAUACCUACGAUUGAGCACCCCGAUAAUGCUCGAAUUCCAAAGCUCCCGGCUUCCUCGAACCUGUUAGGUCAGCUUCCUAUCACCACGCUCAAAACGCCGCCAAUUAUACCACCACGCUUCUCAUCGCUACGCCCAAGCUUCACCUUCCGAACACCAACUCUGCAAUCGAUUCGGCGAACCAUCAGGUUCGCCUCAGCGCUGAGCGCAUAUAGAAGCCAUGGUACAAGCAGCGCCAGCAAUGCCACAACAGGCAACUUGACUGAGUCUGACCACACCAAUUCCAUCCCCAUGCUACCCCUUCCCAGUGUGCGAGCCGUUCGUGCCUCCUUCCUAGUAACAAGCCCAUCAAUGGAUUUCUGGGCCGAAUCAGCCGCUAGGAUUCCACGUCCCGUGAGCAGAUUCGAGAUGAGAACUCCUACCAGUGCGCAUCAGCGCUCCGCGUCAGGUAGAUACAGUGAUGAGUGGCAGAUAAAUAGCAGUGGCCGUGGAGCUCAGAGAGAUAGUUUCCCGCGCGAGGUCACAUUGACAAGUAUUUAUACGACGACAAGUGGUACUCAUACAAACAUGAGUCACUCCUCAUCUGGGCCCGAUGGCGUUGGUAUCGCGAGUUAGUUCAUGUUGCCGUACGGCUGGAGAAUUAUGAUGUCCAUGUUAGGGAAGAAACACACGUAGCAAGCUACGAUCUAUGUAGCUAAGUUUGAUGUCGAG